GGAGUGGUCUUUUAGACAGGUCAGGUUCAGAGUGCAGAUGAAAGCGGAAAUUGUAGUUCUUUGCAGAUCCCUGAUAGUAUCCCGAAGAUCUGUGCUGUGUGCUGUGACAAUGUCGUCGUGGAGAGAGAGACUAACAGAAUGAGCAUCCAGUGAGACCAGAUCGAAAGAGAGACUCACUUCUUUGACAUCAUCCACAAUCAGUUUUAUUUCAAUAGGGAAGCUGAGGUCCUUGUGGUUUGAGACACCCAAUCAGGCGCCAUGACGUCCUCUAUGCUACGCCGACAAUUGAAGAACCUUGUUCAGAACUUCUCUGAGGCUGAGGUCAAGGUGAGGGAGGCGACCUCCAAUGACCCCUGGGGCCCCUCCAGCUCGCAGAUGGCCGACAUCUCGGACCUCACCUACAAUGUGGUGGCCUGCAAUGAGAUCAUGACCAUGCUGUGGAAACGCCUCAAAGACGACAAGAACUGGAGGCACAUCUACAAGUCGUUGACCCUGUUGGAGAACCUAUUAAAGACAGGCUCAGACCGCGUUCUGAAUACAAUGAAGGACAACAUCUACAUUGUGAAAGCACUAACAGAGUUCCGUUUCCAGGACAAGGAUGGGAAAGAUCAGGGGGUGAACGUGAGGGAGAAGGCCAAGGUAGUACUGGUUCUUAUGGAGGACGACGAGAAACUAAAGGAAGAGCGAGAGUUUGCGCUCAAGACCAGAGACAAGAUCUCAAAGAACGCCACUGCCUCCUCAGACGACCCCAACGACCCCAAGGACCCCAACUACAAGCCAGUGUAUGUCCCAGGAGCCACCGGGCUCCCCUCCCUGGCCAAUAUCCCGUCUGUGGCUGACCUCGCCGCCAGCUUUGAGGCCAAGAAGCAAGAAAAACUGAGACUAGAGGCCCAGAAAAAAGAGGAGGAAAGAAGGUCAAAGAUGACCAAGGAAGAGCUUGAAUGGGAGGAUGCCGCCAAAGCAGGAAAGGUUGCUGACGCCUUUGGCGGGGCAGAUGAACCAUCAGAGGAGGAUGCAUGGGGUGCAGCAGCCAAAGCACCCGCUCCUGAUCCUUGGGGGGGUGCGUCCAAAGCUCCAUCCGAGGAUGCAUGGGGUGCAGCAUCUAAUGCUACAACAGAAGAAGCAGAUCCUUUUGCGGUGCCAGCCAGUGCCCCAACAGAUGGUUCAGAUCCUUUUGCGGCUCCAAAAGAUGGUUCCGAUCCAUUUUCUGCACCAUCCAAUGCACCAUGUAAAGUUGAAGCUGAUCCGUUUGGGGCACCAAAAGAUGAUCCCUUUUCAGCACCAUCAAAUACACCAAAAGGUGUUUCCGAUCCGUUUGGGGCACCAAACGAUGAUCCCUUUUCAGCACCAUCAAAUACACCAAAAGGUGGUUCCGAUCCGUUUGGGGCACCAAAAGAUGAUCGCUUUUCAGCACCAUCCAAUACACCAAAAGGUGGUUCCGAUCCAUUUGGGGCACCAAAAGAUGAUCCCUUUUCAGCACCAUCCAGUACACCAAAAGAUGGAGACGAUCCAUUUGGGGCACCAAAAGAGGAUCCAUUUUCGGCACCAUCCAAUAUGCCAAAAGACGAUUCCGAUCCUUUUGGGGCCCAAUUGAAUACCCCAACAAAAGGUGCUGAUCUUUUUAGGGCACCAUCUAGUCCACCAACCGAGGCUUCAGAUGCGUGGGGUGCUCCAUCCAAUCCACCGUCCGAAAAGAAGGCUGAUCCCUGGGGAGAUGAGAGGACCACAGCUGCCUCUCCCCCCACAAAUCCAUUUGGCGAUGGCUCGAAGGCUGAUGAUGACGCAUGGGGACCACCAGCAUCGACCCCGCCCACCGCCAGUGACCCUUGGGGUGCACCUGCAGCACCCACAGACACAGCAUCGACAGGCGACCCCUGGGGAGAUGGAGGGGCUUUCACCACUACAGACACUAUGAACUCUGACCCAUGGGGAGCUCCAAGUAAUGGCACAGGCCUUAUUUCCUCUUUCUCUACAGAUAAUGGAGCCGCCGCAGACGAAAACAACAAAUCGCCAGCUUCGUUCCUUGGUGCCGGAGCAUCGCUCGUGAACAUUGACUCACUCCUCUCCUCCAAACCCAAACACCCCCCCCUCGACGUCCAUGCCAAGCAACAAAGUAAGGACGGGUAAACGAAAGAGAGACCGGGGGAGAGAGAGAGGGAGAGAAACAGAGAGUGAAUAUAUAUUUAUCCGUUCAUUUAAAGCAGUGCUUGUGAUUCAGUGUUUUGACUAGACCUUCCUCCCCCUUUAGUGGAUAACUGUUGUGUUGGUCAGCAUCAGUAGUUGUAGUCACGUACAGUACCAGUCAAAAGUUUGGACACACCUACUCAUUCAAGGGUUUUUCUUUAUUUUUACUA